UCAAAGUCAAGUAUUCAAAACAUGCAUGGCCUCUCUGAACUGGAGUUUAGAUGAAAGUAUAUGGAGAGUUUAGAUUUAAAUGGAAAAGACCACACAGCUGCCUUUGGGGACAAGCGGCUGUUGUAGUGCAGAACAGCACACUUAAGAUUACAAGGCUGUGAACAAAAACUUUGUCAGGCUGUAACUCAGACUGACCCUCUAGGUGUACUGUAGGCUUAUUUGCCUGUAAAUACUUGUUUGCAUCUCUGCUGCCUUCAAGCCAUUUUAAUUAUCCUGGAAAAAAAAAACCUGGACGAUCUCUUCGAGGAUUGCCACCGUUUCAACUAAGAGGAAAUGGAUUACGCUGUGCAGUUCGUGGAACGCCAUCAGCCUGAACUUAUUCAACGUGUCACUCUGGUGGAUCCCAUAGUAGACAAACUGCUCUCGACGAGAGUGAUCUCCAAUGAGAUGUAUGCUAAUAUCCGUGCAGCUUUCACCAGCCAGGACAAAAUGAGGAUGCUGUACAGUGUUCUGCAAAGCAGACAAUCUAAAGCUGCCUUUUAUGAGGCACUGAACAGAGACAAUCCUUACCUUGUUCAGGACCUGGCUGUUCCAUUUGUGGACAAACACAGGGAUGAACUCAGUGUGCACAUGGAUUUAAAAUCUACAGCUGAUGAACUGAAUUCCCAGGGCCACACUGAACUGAGCUUUAAAUUCGAGAAGGCUCUGACCAGAUCGAACAACACCACUCUGUCAGAUGUCCUUAAAACUUUAGACGAACCAGAAAAGGAAUUGUUUUACACAUCUUUGAAGGUUCAGAAUCCUCAUCUUGUGCAGAAGUUGGAUAUGCCAAAAGGCUUUAAACCUCCAUUAUUUGAUGGUAACAUUUUAGGAAAAGGAUCUGAGGACACAAUAGUGUACAAAGCAAAGUUUGAUGAACGUACAGUGGCAGUAAAGAGGGUGAAAAAAAAGUUGGUCAAAAUUGCCUUAAUCGAGUUGGAGUUGCUGCGGAAGUUAGAUGGUCACCCAAAUGUUGUUCGCUAUUUUUACAAUUGGGUGGAUGAUAAAUACCAAUACAUCAUCCUUGAGCUGGCCUCUUCCACUCUGAAAGAGUACAUAGAAGAGAAAGACAAGCGGAUCUCUGAGCUGGAUCCUGUCUCUUUGCUUCAGCAGAUCAUGUCAGGACUGGCUUACCUACACUGUCAUAAAAUUGUGCACAGAGACAUAAAGCCAACAAACAUCCUGCUGUCCCAGCCUGACAUUAACGGGAACAUUAAGGCUAUGAUCUCUGACUUUGGGCUUGGGAAGCAGCUGGAUCAGGACAAGAGCACAUACAGUAAGGGAUCUGGGUCAGUGGGAACCUUACACUGGAUGGCCCCUGAGGCACAUGAGAGUGAAAGUGUAAAGCCGGGGUAUAGUGUUGACAUCUUCUCUGCCGGCUGUGUGUUUUACUAUGUGUUGUCUGAAGGAAGCCAUGCCUUUGGCAAGAACAUUCUUAAAAAUAUCUUCACGAGCAAGCAUGAACUAGACAAGCUGAAAGCAGAUGUCCACCAACACGUUCUAGCCAAACAUCUGAUAGUCCGCAUGCUGAGCUUUGAGCCCAAGAGCAGACCCACAGCAGAGACCGUUCUACAUCAUCCUCUUUUCUGGGACUCCUGGCAGCAGCUGGAUUUCAUGCAGGAAAUCAGUGACCUGUUAGAAUAUGGAAAAGAUACAGUGACACACCUGGAGGAAAACAGUGCAGAUGUGGUUAAAGGAGACUGGACCAAACACAUCACUGAUGGUCUGAUGGAAGAUCUUCAAAGGAGGCGUCGCUAUGAUGGAUGUAAAGUACAGCAUCUCCUCCGUGCCAUCAGAAAUUGUAAACACCACUACAGUGACAAACGAAAGGAGGAGAUGGGCUCGAUUCCUGAGGGCCUUGUGUCGUAUUUCACCACGCGAUUCCCGACCCUGCUGCUGCACACUUAUGAAGCGAUGAUCCACUGCGGAGUCGUCCCAAAGCUUCUUCCACAAAACCAGAGCUCGGGUAGACUCGUCAUCACUGAGCCCUGACUCCCCGACCAGGGCUUUUCAAAGAGCUUGAACUGGGAGGGAAAUACAAUGAACUGAAUUAAUACAAUAAACUGAA